AUCCCGUUAAAGCGGACACCCUCUAAAGCGGACAGCCCGUUAAAGCGGACACUAGCACUUGGAACGGACUGAUUUUAAGUCAAACUCUUAUAAAAAACUCUCUAUAAAGCGGACAGUCAUAAAGCGGACACUCGUUAAAGCGGACGAUUUAUUUUGAACCAAAUUAAUAUUUUCCCUAUGAAGACUCCCUGAAAAGCGGACAGUACAAAACAAAAAAUGGAAACAAAGAUUUUGUAACGAAAUUUUUAUUCUUAUUUCAGACAUUUUCUAACUUUUUUAUCAACAGAGUUUAAAAUCUUUUUAAUACACCUUUCUGUAAAAGACACAGCUUUGUAAGGGCCAAUGGACAAAAUGCGCCGUUGUACCGUCUUCGAUGAAGAAAGUCAAAAAAUGCUGACGGCAGUUACAAAAAAGAUUGAGGAUCUACAAAUUAAAUGCAAGAAGCAAGUCUCUAUCAAAGACUUUUUCUUGUAACGUUUGAUUAAUGUUUCUGAAUAUAGCUUAUAUACCCUCAAAUCCUAGCCUCUUAACUUCUUACUUUAAGCCCAGUAAAGCAUAAAUAACCUUUUUCGGUCAAAAUCCCAUCUAAAAUAAAAUACGACACAAACUCUCUAUAAAGCGGACAUCCCGUUAAAGCGGACAGUUUUUUUGGUCCCAAUGGUGUCCGCUUUAACGGGAUUCCACUGUAUUUUCUCAUCUAUAUCUUUUCAUCACAACCGUAACAAACACGCAAGCGAUGGCGCAAAAGAUCUUGAGGUAUCCCAGUGCAAACAAAAAUCAGCCGAGGCUAAAUGCUGGUGGUUCAGCAGAUAAAAGGAGGACAAAAUAGGGCAUAAUGAUUGUCAAUGAAGUUUAUAGACUUUUUAUAAACACAAGAUCACAAAGGCACUAAAGUUAAUCUUUUUAUUCUUGUCAUUUGUUUCUUAUAUUUCUUACGUGCCAAAAUGCGUGUGCAUGUCCAUUGCGAAAGAAAAACCCCAACCCUAAAUGUGUAUAAACUAUUGUAUUAUUGAAUGUUUACAAUGCUUCCCUGGCAAAAAUACAUCCCCGAAAGACUGUUUGAACAUUUCUUCGCAAUAUCGCGUCAUAACUUGAUUCGCUUUGCGUCAUGACGUCAAAUUAAUUUGCGUCUUAUGAUUUACUGAGAACAGUUUAAAAAUGCCGCACGAAGAUAAUGAACCGGUGCGUUCAAACUACGGUUUAAAAACAUACACACCUGAAGAAACGAAAAACCAAUGGAAAGAAACAGUUAAUAGGCAACGUUUAAUUCAUAUGAAUCAUAAAUGUGCAGAAAAGGAGAGGAAGGAAAUUAAAGAAUUCAAACUGGGCAACGUCAAGAAUUUAUCGUACUUUAAUAACAACAAAGAGCAUUGUUUGGUGUCUGCAUACGAUCGUCAAUUUCAUGCAGAGGAGGGUUACCAUAGCAAACUAACACGCGACGAUCGGAAACAUAUGCUUGGAUUGAAUGUCAACUUUGAGGAAAGACCAAAGAAAGUUCCAAUUUUAUCAUCUUCGGCUUAUGGCCAUCGCAAACCAUUGGAACACGCUCAACGCAAAUUUUGCAGAGUUGCUCUGGUGAGAAGAGAUUUCUAUCGAGAUUGCGGAACGAAUAUUCCAUCAAGACAAGAAUAAAUUAUUUUCAGACUUCUUGUUCUUUUAAUAGACCUUUGAUGGUAUUU